ACUGCGCAGAGUAUUGGGGUUUGGAUUCCGUGAAGCGUUUUUUUACAGACCCCCUGUUUAGUGUUUACCAUGUGGUCAUCUGUUUAUCCAAGCUAGUCUAAUUUACUCGGACCCCCCUUUAAAACUUGUUAUUCCCAGUGAAGAUUUAAGUCUUUAAAGACUUAUUAUACAACUUUAAAAGUGCUAGUAAUAAACAAGGAUCCAGAAAAAUCAUUUGAUCGAUGGAGACAAUUAUUGAAGGAUUAAAAAAAGAGAUGUGUUGAUGUGGACCAAUUUUAUUGAAUAAACUAAUAAAUUAAAGGAUGUAAAAACAACGUGCAGAAAAUAAAAAGGUUACCAAAGGAAAUGUCAACUAAAAAAAUGGAUUGGCCAAGGUUGUGCAUGAUUUGUUCGACAUAUGUCAAAGGAAGCGAAUUGAGGGAUCACAUGAAGUCACACGCUGGAAAAAUCAAUCAUCAAUGCCCGUAUUGUUUUGAAUACAUUAAAUCCAAUGACAUGCCCAAUCACAUGAAGUCGCACACUGGUGACAAGCCGUACUAUUGCACUGAAUGCAAAUUCAGAUGCAAGAGCAAGACAAUGAUCAAAUUCCACAAGAAACGUGAGCACAAUUGGGAAGAGAACAACGGCGCUGUCGUCAGUCGUGAUCCGGACAAGGAGUCUACAGACGAAGAGAAUGAGGAAUAUCCAACUUCAACAUCUUCAAACACCGCACCCAGCGAAGAAGAUUCGCUGGAAAUUAAACAAGAGAGGGAAAUCUAUCCUGACAGCAAUGAAGAUUCUGAAAGCAGUUCAGAAAUCCCACAAAAUGCUGUAAAAAGCUUUUAUUGUCAGUUAUGUUUCACAACAGUUGCAUCGUCAGAUAUCGAGUCGCAUAAAUGUAUCAAUUCCUUCAAAAGAUCAGACUACCAUUUUCUGCUCAAAGACAGACACUUUGAACUUUCUUCAACGCCUUCCUCAUCUGAUAUCCAGACUCAUGAAUUGGGUUUUCAAACGAUAAAUGAGUUAGAACAGGCUCAGCCUUUCCAAAUCGAUGCGAUGCCUACAAAUUACUCGCUAACUGCAAACUACCCAAGUUUGAAAAAUCCAGACACCCUAGUCUGCGGUAUAUGUUCCUUAAACGUAAACAUCAAUGAAAUUUCUAAACACAUGGAAAUGCACAACCAUUAUAAAAACGAAAACGAUUAUCUUGACGAUGGUAGGCACAAGAGGGCAAGAAGAGAAAGCCCCAAUUUUAAAAUAUCAUCAUUCAUAGAUAUAACAAGCACUGCUAACAUGAAACAGUUACCUCAAGAAGAAUCGACAAAAUCGAAAGGAUUUCAACUUCUGAACUACCAAGGUGAAAGAAGACAAAACACAUACGCCAUUAAUGAUGCGACCGCCUAUUGUCGUGUAUGUUGUUCUUAUAUACUCUUAAAAGACAUACACAGUCAUAAUAAAUUGCAUGACACCUCAAGACUGAUUUAUACUGAAAAUAACUAUAGUUCCUAAAUUUAAAGUUUUACCUUUAUAUUACUUAUAUAUAAAUAUAUAUAUAUUGCCAUUUAAAAAAUAUAUAUUGUGAAGUUUGUAAAUAUUUUUAUUUAUAUUAUAAAAAAAAUUGUUCAUCUUGUCAAAUCCUUUUUAGCUCAUUAAUUACCGUUUAAAAAUUCAAUUGGUUUGCAAUGUUUACUUUCUUAGAUAAUUUUAAUUUUUCUAUUUCAUGAUACCAUAAAUAUUUGCCUUUUUUUAUAGUAAAGUAACUAGCAAAGUGAAACUGUAUUUUAGAAAACCAAAGACAAACUGUUAAAAAAGUUGAUGAAAAGAUCAAAACGUAUAACAAAAUAUAUAAAAAUGUGUUCAGAUUUAUUGCAUUAGUUUGGUUUAGCACUUUGACAUUCCUAUUAUAUUUUAAAUAGAAUAAUAAAUCUUUUUAUAUAUUU